AUGUCCGGGAAUUUUCGACAAAGUACAGGAAGCGGAUCGUUUUCGAGGUCGAGGGUCACUUCGUUCCGCGCAUCAUUACAAAAAGCAACACAACCUUCCUAUAACUUCUUAACUGGCGCCGAAGAUGCACAAACUUCCCAUCAUGCUAGACCUUCGUCACGACAAAGCCAUGUGGGCGCAGAAUCCCUCCGAGCCUCGUCGCGUGAGAGUUCCAAGGAAAAUCUUGCGCCACCCGACGCAGAGGAGUAUGAAACCCAGCGAAGGAAAAUAGAGGAGCUCAAGGCUGAGCUUGCUACUAUGCACUACAAACUUGAGAACUACGAACAGGAGAAGGAAAUGAUAGCUUUACAACAUGACAAUGAAUUACGAGAUGUACGACGGAAAGCCGAAGACGACUUUAAACAAAAACAGGCCGCCGAAGGUGAUAAGAAUAAGGCACAGCGUCAGUACGAAAGUAUGCAAAAGGAAUUGCAGGAGCUUAAAGAAAGUUCUACUGGCGAGAAACUCGAAGUUGAGAAGAAGGCCCGAGAUGCGGAAGAUGAGGCGCGUCUUCUGAGAGAGCAAUUAGAAGACUUAUCAGCUGCAAAAGAGGAGGGAGAUCGGAUGGCCCAAAAGAGGGUUAGUGAUAUGGAAACCCAACUUUCAAAUCUUCGAGAUGUCAUCAAAGGGCUAGAACAAGAUGGCCAGUCCCGGGAAGUCUCAAUACAGGUUGCACAACAGCAGCUUCUAGAGAAGGAUAGGCUCAUUGGUAAUUUAGAAGCCGAUGUAUUGCGCUUAAAGGCGCAAACUGGUGACGCUGAGACUAUCGCUAUCAUCCGACGCGAACUCACUGAGCAAGUCCAACAUAUUAGAUCACUCGAGUCGAAGAAUACCAAACAGCAUACGGAAUUAACUCAUCUAAGGCAAAUACAUAGGGCCGUAGAAGUUGUGGAGGAAGAGAAACGGUCGCUUCAACGACGGCUUGAGGCCGCCGAAGCUCUUGAACCCGAACUCAACGAGGCUCGACUUCAGAGACAGAGAUUGGAGGAUGAACGCUUGGCAUGGACUGCCUACCUCCAAAAUGCUAGCGCGGAUGGCGGACUUAUGGAGUUCGACUCUCCUGAGGCGGUCGUACGUGCGCUCGUGGAGGAGCGAUAUAACUCUGCUUCUCUUGUAGAAAAGCUUGGUGAAAUACAACCUCAAAUCACGGAGCGUGAUGAGAUUAUCAAGGCUUUAGAAAGUGAAAGGAAAAACUUGAGCGCGCAAAUAGAAAAACUAAAGACUACUACUGCUCCUAUAUCGGCAGGCAAGGCACAGGCUCGGAUAGAGCGCCAGCGUGCCCUUGCCAUCAAGGAAGUCGAGUACUUGCGCGCCCAGCUCAAGGCCUUUGAUACAGAAGACGAAACCUUCAACUCUGAGAAUUUUGAUCAGAGCAAGGCUGAUCGCAUCUCCGAGCUUGAAAAGCUGGUUGAUCAGUACAAGGAGGAGGUUCAGACUAUGCAUAAUGAACUCUCUGCCCUGGAAUCAUCUGGCAAUGCGGCACCCGCCUCUAUCGGAUCUAAGCGCAGCCAUUCCGACGAAUCUGAGAGUGAGCAGCUCGGUGAACUCAACAGAAAACGCAGAAAGCUAGCCGACGAGCUUUCGAAACUUCAGACGCAAUACCAAGUCCUUCAAAAAGAACACGAGGUUCUACAAUCACGCCUCGCAGCCGCCGAAUCAACUAACAAAAUCCGCGUCCUAUCUCUACGCUCCAACCCUACUUCCGACUUUGAAGCGAUUAAGAUGGCUACGCUCCAAGCUCUUAAGCAGGAGAACAAGGAACUGUUAGCGCAACUACAAAAAGAAGCCCGCCGCAACCCUAACCCGAACAUUCCUUUAAUCCCAGCGUCACAACUAGCUGCGGCGCGUCGCGAAAUCGAAGAAGCGCAGCGGGAGACAGCGUCGGCGCAAAAGACAACGCGGCGACUGAAAGAGGUGUGGGCGGCUAAGUCGCAGGAGUUCAAAGAGGCUAUUUUUAGCACACUAGGCUGGACUGUGACGUUCAUCCCCAACGGUAAGAUGCGUGUGGAAAGUUUAUAUUGCCCUAGUGUCACCGACGAGCAGGAGAACAGUAUCGUAUUCGACGGCGAGCGCGGCACCAUGAAGGUCGCCGGCGGACCGCAGAGCCCCUUCGCCCGCCGCAUCCAGGACCAAAUCCAGUUCUGGGUCCGUGACAAGGGCUGCAUCCCGGGUUUCCUAGCGGCGCUUACGCUCGAGUUCUACGAGGAACAAACCAGGGCUAGUCGGUAA